GGAAGGAUAUAUGCUGCAAGCUCAUUAUGUGGAGUUGUACCUACAUAUCUGUAUUCUCUAUUUAGAGGUAGAUCUUCUUAGAGGUCUUCUUAGUUUGAAUGUUGGAUCUUUGAAGAUGAUUCUUUGAAAAAAAAAAAUCCCACUGAAAAGGCUGUUCUUAGGCACAUAUUGACCUGAAGAUCAAGUGUCAACUCAAAAGAGAAGAAUAUGGAUAGCCAGACACCUGGACAAAAAAAGAGUGGAUCUUUCAAACAUCCUUCCAUAAAACGCACCAUAUCUGGUUCUCAAAAGAGUCAAAAGGCCUGGGUUGAGAAGACAUUUCAGAAGAGAGAGUGUAUUUACAUUCUUCCCAGCAAAGACCCCAACAGAUGUUGCUGUGGUCGAUUGUCCAGUCAGCAUGUGGGCCUCUUAUCGGGUUCAGCUGUUAAGAAUGAAGAUGAUACAGUGGAGGGGGAGAAGUGGUCAGUGACCAAACAUACACAGGCUUCACCUACAGAUGCAUAUGGUGUAAUCGAAUUCCAAGGAGGAGGUCAUAGCAGCAAAGCCAUGUAUUCACGUGUCUCCUAUGACACCAAGGCAGAUGCACUGCUUCAUCUGAUGGUUCAUGAGUGGCAGUUGGAACUCCCAACUCUUCUCAUCUCAGUGCAUGGAGGUCUGCAAAACUUUGAUCUACAGCCCAAACUUAAACAGGUUUUUGGCAAAGGUUUGAUCAAAGCAGCUGUCACUACAGGAGCCUGGAUCUUCACUGGAGGCAUUAGCACAGGUGUGAUGCGCCAUGUGGGAGAUGCACUGAAAGAGCACUCCUCUAAAUCUAGGGGGAAAGUGUGUGCCAUUGGAAUUGCUCCCUGGGGAAUUGUGGAAAACAAGGAGGACCUCAUUGGUCGAGAUGUUACUCGCCCAUACCAAACAAUGUCAAACCCACUGAGUAAGCUCUCAGUCUUAAACAACAGCCACUCACAUUUUAUCCUGGUGGAUAAUGGAACUCAUGGUAAAUACGGUGCAGAAGUACGACUACGCAGACAACUGGAGAAACACAUAUCUCUCCAGAAGAUCAACACACGUCUGGGGCAGGGAGUGCCUCUGGUGUGCCUGAUUCUGGAAGGCGGUCCUAAUGUGAUCUCCAAUGUUUGCGAGAGCCUGCGGGAGGAGCCUCCCGUACCUGUUGUGGUGUGUGAUGGGAGUGGCCGAGCAUCUGACAUUAUCUCAUUUGCUCACAAAUACUCAGAGGAGAAUGGGAUGGUUAGUGAGGGUGUGAGGGACCAACUGCUGGUUACCAUACAGAAAACAUUCAACUACACCCGCAGUCAAGCCCAGCAAAUGUAUGCCAUGGUGAUGGACUGCAUGAAAAGACGAGAACUGAUUACAGUGUUCCGCAUGGGUUCCGAAGGUCAACAGGAUAUUGAGAUGGCCAUACUUACUGCACUGCUAAAAGGGACUAAUGCCUCUGCUUCGGACCAGCUGAGCCUGGCUCUGGCCUGGAACAGAGUUGAUAUUGCCCGCAGUCAGAUUUUUAUCCACGGCCACAACUUGCCUCCAGGGGGUGCCCUACCCAGCACAAUCACACCACAGGUCGAAAAAACAAAGAGCCCAGCAGCUGUGCGUGCCGGCAGAGGCAAGCCAGCACGUGGAAAGAAGACCAAGGGAGGCAAGGCUAAGCCAGAACCUCCAGAAGAGACUGAUCCACGCAAACUGGAGCUGCUCAACUGGGUAAAUUCUCUGGAGCAAGCCAUGAUGGAUGCAUUGGUGUUUGACAGAGUGGAUUUUGUUAAACUGCUUAUUGAGAAUGGAGUGAACAUCCAUCACUUUCUCACUAUACCACGCCUGGAGGAGCUCUAUAAUACGAGACUCGGGCCUACAAACACCUUGCAUUUUGUGGUCAGAGAUGUGAAAAAGGGAAACCUCCCUCCAGAUUAUCAAAUAACUCUCAUUGACAUUGGAUUGGUCCUGGAGUUCCUGAUGGGAGGAGCAUAUCGUUGUCACUAUACCCGUAAAAGUUUCCGUACCCUCUACAACAAUCUCUAUGGCCUGAAACGGCCAAAAGCAUUGAAACUUCUUGGGAUGGAGGACGACGACCCACAUCCAAAAGGGAAGAAGAAAGGGAAGAAGAGAGAGGAGGAAGUUGACAUUGAUGUAGAUGACCCAGAGGUCAGCCGUUUUCAGUAUCCCUUCCAUGAACUUUUGGUGUGGGCCGUGCUAAUGAAGCGCCAGAGGAUGGCACUGUUCCUGUGGCAGCGUGGUGAGGAGGCCAUGGCUAAGGCUCUGGUGGCCUGUAAGCUAUACAAAGCCAUGGCACACGAGUCUUCUCAGAGUGAACUGGUUGAUGACAUCUCACAGGACCUGGAAAACAACUCCAAGGAAUUUGGCCAGCUUGCAUAUGAGCUGUUGGACCAGUCCUACAAGCACGAUGAGCAGGUGGCUAUGAAACUGUUGACAUAUGAGUUGAAGAACUGGAGCAACUCCACUUGUCUGAAGCUGGCGGUGGCAGCCAAACACAGAGACUUCAUUGCCCACACCUGCAGCCAGAUGCUUCUCACUGACAUGUGGAUGGGUUGCUUUCGGAUGGGGAAGGUUAAUGGCCUGAAGGUGAUCCUGGGUAUUGUGUUUCCACCAUACAUUUUGCUCCUGGACUUUCGCAUUGGAGAUGAUAUAGCCUACCAACAUUACAGUUUGUCUGAGGAAAAGAAUGACACAGAGGAUGACAACAAAUCUAGCAAGGAAGGGAACACAGAUUCUCUUUCUAAAAAGGAGGAUGAGGAGAACACUGGUAAGAAGAGAAGGCGUGUCCCCAUUGGGAAAAAGAUAUAUGAGUUCUACAAUGCGCCCUUCACCAAGUUCUGGUUCAAUACUACUGCUUAUCUUGUGUACCUCAUGCUGUACAACUACAUCAUCCUAGUGAAGAUGGAGCGCUGGCCUUCACUGCAAGAACUGAUUGUUAUCGCCUAUAUUAUCACUCUGGGACUUGAAAAACUUCGCCAGGUUUGCUUCCAUGGCAUUAAAUGUGCAAUUUGAAUGGAUCUACAUUGUCAAUACAUUAAU